AUGGUGACUAUCUUCCGUCUGACCCCACAGAGAAGGUUCGCACAGCGCUGGCAGGAAGAUGAGCUUUUUGGCUACCAGUUCCUCAAUGGCAGCCAACCCCAUGCUGCUGAGACCGCUCCACCUCUCUGCCCCUCCCGGCUGGUGCUACCCUCGGAGAUGGAGGAGCUUCAGGCCCAGCUGGAGAAAGAACUCCAGAAUGGUUCCCUGUUUGAGGCUGACUUCAUCCUGCUGGAUGGAAUUUUAGGCAACGUGAUCCAAGGAGAGAAGCAGUACCUGGCUGUCCCCCUUGUCAUGCUGAAGAUGGAACCCAGUGGGAAGCUGCUGCCCAUGGUCAUCCAGAUCCAGCCUCCCAGCCCCAGCUGCCCCACCCCACCACUGUUCCUGCCCUCAGAUCCUCCCCUUGUCUGGCUCCUGGUAAAGAUGUGGGUCCGAAGUUCAGAUUCCCAACUGCAUGAGCUCCAGUAUCACUUGCUGAGCACUCAUCUGCUGGGUGAGGUCAUCGCUGUGGCCACCAUGAGGUGCCUCCCAGGACUGCACCCUGUCUUCAAGCUCCUGAUCCCACACACCCGCUACACCCUGGACAUCAACACCAGGGCACGGAACCAACUCGUCUCAGAAGGAGGCUUAUUUGAUAAGGCAUGGAGCACAGGUGGAGGGGGCCAUAUAUAGGUGCUCCAUCAGGCCAUGGCUAAGCUGACCUACCGCUCCCUCUGUCCUCCUGACGAUCUGGCUGACUGGGGCCUGCUGGGAAUCCCAAGUGCCCUCUAUGCCCAUGAUGCUUUUCAGCUCUGGGAGAUCACUGCCCGGUACGUGGAGGGGAUCAUCCACCUCUUCUACCACGGGGAUGACGUCGUGAGAGGGGACCCUGAGCUGCAGGCCUGGUGUCAGGAGAUCACUGAGGUGGGGCUGUGCCAGGCCCAGGACCGAGGUUUCCCUGUGUCCUUCCAGUCUCGGGCUCAGCUCUGUCAUUUCUUUACCAUGUGCAUCUUCACAUGCUCUGCCCAGCAUGCAGCAGUCAACAUGGGCCAGUUCGACUGGUAUGCCUGGGUCCCUAAUGCCCCAAGCUCAAUGCGGAUGGCCCCAACCACCACCAAAAAGGAUGUCACAAUGGACACAGUGAUGGGCUCACUACCUAAUGUCUGGCAGACCAGUCUUCAAAUGUUAGCCACAUGGCUCGUUAGCCGGUCUUCGCUAGACAUGGUACCACUGGGGCAUCACAAAGAAGAGUAUUUCUCAGGUCCUGAGCCCAAGGCUAUUUUAAGGCAGUUUCAGGCUGAUCUGGACAACUUGGAAAGGGAAAUCGAGGCCCAGAAUGAGCAGCUAGACCUUCCCUAUGAAUACCUGAAGCCCAGCCUUGUAGAGAGCAGUAUCACUAUCUGA